AUGGUGGUCUCUUCUCUUCUCCUAUUCUUUCUGAGUAUACUAGGAUCAAGUAAUGCUGUCUUGCAGUAUCAAUUACAAAAUGAUACUCUCUCUACUUGCCUUGUACUGAGUGAUGGAUCCCUCUUGAUUGGUACAGCCAGUCACAUUAUAAAGUUAAACUCUGACAGUUUAACAGUAAACUCAUCUCUUCCAUUGAACACUACUACUAAUCAACUAUUGUUGCUCCUCAAUGAUACUGGACUCAGUCAGUAUGUUCUCUCUUGUCAGGAGCAAGAGUGUUUUCUUCUUAAUCCUAAUGACCUCACUAGCACAGUCAGUGUGUCUACAAGCCCUACUCCUUCAACAUUUCUAUUUCCAACAACACCUGACAUGCCAGGACUUCAUACUGAAGGCAGGAACUUCUUUGUUGGUAAAGAUGCUGCUUCACCUACUACUUCGUCAAUCAGUAAACUACAGUAUUCAUCCUCUGGCUCUCAGCUACAGAUUGUACUGGUUGGAAGUCAACAAGAACGCGCUAUUAAUUUAGCUAGAAAUUUUCUAGCUAAUUUUCAGCAGAAUGAAUUCACAUACUAUGUAUUUGUCCUUUCCAGUUUUGACUAUAAGCUACAAAUAGCAAGAUUAUGUAGCAGUGAUACUGGAAUCGAGGAGGAUAAUGUGUUAGCGUUAACAACAUACACUGAAGCAGAGUUACAGUGUAACGAAAUGAUGAAUCCUGAUUCAAUUACAGCAGCUACCUUUGUACAGUAUAGUGGAGAAUCAAUGAUUAUGGUAUCAAUGAGGAGUGGCAGCACUAAUAUCAUAUGUGCAUUCAAUGUAUCAGAAAUUAAUAGAAGAAUGGAUGAUAAGCUAUUCUCAUGUAAAAACGGGCAGGGUACAUUGUCUUUAAAAAGGAAUAGUGGUAGUGUUGCUUGCCCAUACAAUUUAGAACCAGCUCAGAAAGAUGCAAUUACACCAUGCAAUAGACCAGGUUGCUUUCACAUCUGA